AUGACCUCAGAGAACUAUCCUUUAAUUAGAAAAGGUGGUUCGCUUCUUCUUGCCUGGCGUUUGAAAGACAGAAAGGUUCUUAUUGUCGGUGGUGGUGAAGUAGCUGCAAGUAGGGUCAUAAAGGCGUUAGAAGCUGACUCCUUGGUAAUUCUGGUAUGCCCCGAGCAUGAACUUAAAGACGAAUUGAAAUACCGUAUCCAACAAGGGCAAAUUCAUAAAUGGAUCAAUCGAGGAUUUGAAGCUUCUGAUCUCAAUGGAGUGGACAUGGUCCUCAGUGCAAUCGAUGAUCCGGAAAGAUCACGUGAAAUUUUUCAGUUAUGUAGAGAAAGAAGGAUUCCCGUGAACGUAGCGGAUGUUCCACCGUUAUGCGAUUUCUAUUUCAUGUCGGAACAUCGUGAAGGUCCUCUUCAAAUAGCCGUAUCAACCAACGGACAGGGUCCGAAACUUGCAAACAUUAUCCGUCGUCAUAUCGCAGAUAAUUUGCCUCAUGGAAUCGGUGAUGCGAUUAAAGCCGUUGGAUCACUGAGACAAAAAGUAAAACAUGCCGAUCCUGAUCACACUUCUUCGGCGAAGAGGAUGAAUUGGAUGUCGAGAAUUUGUGAAGAAUGGUCUCUGGAAGAAUUGCAACAAUUAGAUGAUGAAAAGAUUGAAAAUUUGAUGUCGCAUUAUGUGAAUAAUGAAGUUCCUCAACUUUCGAAGGUCUUGUCUGAGAUUUCUCUAGGAAAGAAUCAUGCCGAAAAUAAUAAUACAGAUUCUGAAUCAUGUAAGAAUGACGAUCUACAAAUAAAGAAUGCCAAAGAACAAUUACCGACCGAAAUUUUGACGACAAAUAAUAAAAAAAAAGCUCGUAUUAUUUUGGUUGGAGCAGGGCCUGGUGAUCCUGAAUUACUAACUCACAAGGCUACCAAGGCUAUUAGCAGUGCAGAUAUAAUUGUGUCUGAUAGACUUAUUCCUCAGGCUGUAUUUGAAAAUAUAACCUGUGAAAUUCGUUUUGCUCCAGCUAAAUCAGGGGCAAUAAAAUCUCUGAAUUCCCAGGAGUUACUUCAGAAUUGGUGUCUCGAAGCAUUGAAUGAAGGGAAAACCGUGGUUCGGCUAAAAAUAGGUGAUCCGUUCUUGUUUGGACGUGGUGGAGAGGAGGUAACAUUCUUCAGAGAAAAGGGUUGGGAUGUUGAAGUGAUUCCAGGUAUUAGCUGUAUCCUGUCUGCCCCGAUGGUGGCGGAUGUUCCCGUUACUCACAGGGGUUUAUCAGAUCAGGUUCUCGUUACCACUGGCCAAGGCACUAAUGGCCGGUUACCUGAUUUGCCCCCAUAUAAUGCUAUGCGUACGACGGUCGUACUCAUGGCAGUCGGCAAGGCAAAUGAUUUAUCCAAGGAACUACUGGAAAAAGGAUAUCCCCCAGAUUUACCUGCGGUAUUCGUAGAAAAUAGCAAUUGUCCUAACCAACGAAUUAUCAAAGCAACGGUCUCGACACUAGGUGAAGUAGUUGAGAGAGAACAUGUGGUUGCACCAUCAACAAUUGUAAUUGGUAGAGCUGUAAAUAGAGAAGAACAAAAAUGGGUCUGA